GGUGCCAGCAGAGGAGCAGCUCGGUGCGUAAAGUUGAUCCUCUCCGGCGGCGUCGUGCUGUUUUUUCCUCCGCGUCCUCUCCGCUCCAACAUGCCUCUCCUCCGGCUGCAGACAUGGACUCUAUCCGCUCCGAGUGGACACUAACCGGCUGCGCUGCUGCUCCUGUCCGCCCUCUGCGCUCCAUAAGCCGGGGAAACCCUGCAGCGCGUCUCUGAGCCUUUUUCUUUAAAACAAAAAAAACGACAGCACCCAACACCACACCUUGUUACCUUUCCGUUUCCUGACGCUUCAUUUAUGGACUACAGAAGCUCCGAGUGAGGAGAGUCUGUACUGAACGUUCACACAGCCGAGGAUGGAGACGGUGAUGGAGAGGGAGUGCAGCGCGCUGGGGGGGCUUUUCCAGACCGUCAUCGGAGACAUGAAGGGCAGUUACCCUGUCUGGGACGACUUCAUCAGCAAGGCCAGCAAACUGCAGUCACAACUUAGGACGACGGUUGUCGCGGUAGCAGCCUUCCUGGAUGCCUUUCAGAAAGUGGCCGAUCUGGCGACCAACAGCCGAGGAGGAACCAGGGACAUCGGUUCGGCCCUCACCAGGAUGUGCAUGAGGCAUCGCAGCAUCGAGGCUAAACUCCGCCAGUUUUCCAUGGUGUUUCUGGACUGUCUGAUCAACCCUCUACAGGAGCAGAUGGAGGAGUGGAAGAGAGUCGCCAACACUCUGGACAAAGACCAUGCCAAAGAGUAUAAGAAAGCCCGUCAGGAGAUAAAGAAGAGAUCAUCAGACACCCUGAAGCUGCAGAAGAAGGCCAAGAAAGCUGAUGUGUUCGGCCGCGGAGACCUGCAGCCUCAGCUGGACAGCGCCAUGCAGGACGUCAGCGAUAAGUAUCUGCUGCUGGAGGAGACGGAGAAGCAGGCGGUGAGGAAGGCGCUGGUGGAGGAGAGGAGUCGCUUCUGCUGCUUCGUGUCCAUGCUGAGGCCCGUCGUGGAGGAGGAGAUGUCCAUGCUGGGGGAGAUCACUCACCUGCAGACUCUGACAGACGACCUGAAGACUCUGACCAUGGACCCUCACAAGCUGCCGGCCUCCAGCGAGCAGGUGAUCGUAGACCUGAAGGGCUCAGAGUGCACCUGGUCCUACCAAACCCCCCCCUCGUCACCGAGCACCACUGUAUCCAGGAAGUCCAGCAUGUGCAGGUUAGUUGCAGUGGCUGCAGCGAACA